GAACUGAGGGGACACCAGUGACGAUGAGAUGACGAGCAGCAAUAAGCUGAUAACUGACCAGCAGCAGUGAUACGAUUUGUCACAUGACCGUGUUGGGGUCGGAUACACGCGCGCUGUAUCCUGGUGGGCAGAUGUAGCAGCCCUGUGAGCUCAGUCAGACCGGAGACCUCCUCCCCCUGCAGCGCACGAUGAUCCAACUCCUCCGAUGCCGACCCGGCUGCUUCUUUUGGACGAUCCCAAACUGUCACGGAUUAAAUAAAGCCGUCAGUUCCUGAGAGAAGAGCCGAGAGAACGACUGGUCUGUUUGUGCAGCAGGAGUGUUCACCUUUUAAACUUCCAUCGCAGGCUCGGCCAGUUCUGGUUUGAGGGGGGUGGGGGAGUUUCCCCUUAGUGUUCGGCCACCAGCUCACCUGAAGCCUUUAAACCAUGCGCUCCCAGUCUGCGCUCCCCCGGUUUACCUCCCUCCUAUUCCUCCUCUUCCUUCCUUCUGUUUUCCCCUCCACCACCUCCUCCUCUUCCCGCCCCAGGUGGAUUCUCCAGCGUGUCCCUGUGGUCCUCCCACAGAACACAGAGCUUCGGCCUGCCCCUCACUUCCUCUCUCCGGCCCGUCUGGAUGUCACCUCCUCCUGUGACCCUGAAUGCCACAAAAGAGCCCCUAAACCGAGCUACUGGGACCUGCGGAGUCUUUUGGCCUAUGAGACUCUCCACUCUGAUGGUCAAUUAACUGAGACUGCCAUUGGGAUCUAUGGCUACAACCCCAAUUCCAACACCAGUCCGGCCUAUUCCUCAGGGUCGUCUGGUAAGACUGAGCGGUCACAUGUCAGAAGAAAGCGACAAAUCUUUGGCCAUGAUGGGCGUUUUAGCAUUGCUGGACAGAACUUCCUGCUUAAAUAUCCAUUCUCAGUGGCUGUCAAACUGUCCACUGGGUGUUCUGGUACAUUGGUCGGGGACCGUCAUGUUCUUACAGCUGCUCAUUGUGUUCAUGAUGGUAAAAACUAUGUGAAAGGAGCCCAGAAGCUCCGGGUUGGCUUUUUAAAACCCAAGCAACGAGACACACAGCCUUCUUCCUUUUUCCUUCCCUCCAACUUCACCAACCAUGUUGAGGGUGGCCCUGCUCUGUAUGCCCCGCCAACCAAUGACAAGAUGAAGUUCCAGUGGAUCAGAGCCAAGCGCACCCAUGUUCCCAAAGGAUGGAUUAAAGGGAAUGCCAAUGACAUCGGGAUGGACUAUGACUAUGCUUUGCUUGAACUCAAGAAACCCCACAAACGCCGUCACAUGAAGUUAGGAGUCAGCCCCUCAGCUCAGAGGCUGCCUGGUCGACGAGUCCACUUCUCAGGAUUUGACAAUGACCGUCCAGGCCAGCUGGUGUAUCGGUUCUGUCGGGCCGGCGAGGAGACGUCGGAUCUGUUGUACCAGCACUGUGAUGCUCAACCUGGGGCCAGCGGCUCAGGGGUCUAUGCCCGGAUGUGGGAUGGGAGGCGCCGGCGUUGGGAGCGGAAGGUGAUAGGUGUGUUUUCUGGGCAUCAGUGGGUGGAGCGACAAGGGGCAUCUCAGGAAUUUAAUGUAGCGGUGAGAAUCACGCCUCUCAAAUAUGCUCAAAUCUGCUACUGGAUAAAAGGAAACUUCGUGGACUGCCGAGAGGGAUGAGGAAAAGGUGGAGAGUGAGGAUCACAAAGGGGUGUAGUUACAACAGCAUAGGCCCACUACAUCCUCAUACAUCUUUAUGGAAUAUCGGGGCUUCAAAAAUACACACUUUUUACCCCACUACUUGUAGAACUGACAUAAAAUCAAUAUAAAUAUCAAAAUAUUGUUUGUUGACCAAUUCUCAGAUGCCAAUAUGAGUAAGUGUAAUGACAGACCUGACAGACACAAAUCCAGUAAUGACACUAAAUUAUGUAAACAGGACGUGUUCAUUUCAUUUUCUGUGCUUAGUUUUUCAUCCUCACUCACAUUUCUAAAACAUGAAAAUGUUAGUUAUACUUGCGUUAACGGGGAAACAUUUAGGUCAGGUGGUUUUAUAGAACAGAAGCAGGAUUUUCUGCUUCUUGGAACAUUUAUCUGGACAACAAAAUUAUCUGCAAGCUCCUCAGAUCUGGAACAUGGACUGCUGUAAAAAGAUGUUUUGGAAUAAAACCUAAGCAGCAGGACUUGGAAAACUGUUUUACUGUGCAUAGCCUUUUUCUUGAGCUAAUACUAAAGAUUGCACUGUUUUUCUACUGAAAAUGAUGAUUUUUGUGGAUGAAUGUACAAGUCAGCUACCAAAGGUGCCAACUGUUUCUCUCCAAACUAUCAUGUAUCUCGUCUCAGUGGACACACUAGUUAUCUACAGGCACAGUGUAAUCUGUCAGCUAAAUUAACAUCAAAUAAAGUUUUGGAAGAACAUACAGCGUGUUACACAGAUUGAUGUUAAUCAAAUGCAGAUGACUCUUACCAAGCAGCUGCUGCUGCAGAUGACUUAUUCUAUGAAGUACAUUUUCUUGAAUGUUGUACUUUAAUGCUUAGCUCCCUCUGGUGGCAAAGAUAAAACAUUGCAGGUAACUGCAAUGAACAUCAUGCCGACUUAGCCUAGGCCUACAUAAGCACUUUUUACUUUCUCAUCACGUGUGGCAUUGCAUUAUUUGUGUUUCUGAAACUGAAGACUGUUGCAAAUUUAAUGAAAUAUAGCCUUUGAAAUAUGCAA